AGUGAGUAUGCACAUGUGAGCGUGGAAGUACUGUUUCCUCUGAAAUACGAAAAAAUAUUGGUGUGUUCGGUGGAGACUGGAGGGCUUCGAGCUGGUUAUGUUUCCUGGUACGUCUACUCACCUGAUCAAAAGUUUAUCUUAUGUGUGCAGUGAGGUGUUGGAGCAGCUUGACCUCUUAGAUCUCGCGCCUUGCUGAUUAAUUUGUCACCGUCCAACAUUAUUAUGAUCUGUUGAUUUGCAAAACGUAAAAUAAUGGAAACUGAAGAGCACAGCGUGAGCGAAUCGCAGGUCAACGGAAAGCCUGCUGAGUCCGAAGGCGCAGCUGAUGCCCAGAGCCAGGAAGCCCAGACCAGUGAUAUGCCGAAUGCACCCAGCACGCCGCCCAUCAGCGUAUUCCAAUCAGCAGUGCCAAGCGAAACAGCCAUCACCGCCGUGCCGUUGGUGCACGUUCAAAAUCGACUGCAAGUCUCACCUGUCCUGGUGCCCUCGGCCUCGUCGGCUUUCCAGACUGCAGCAGUACCAGGCAGUGGGCAGCAGGACCAAUGUAGCAGUAGCGUAGUCAACGCCAGUCCCAGCACUGCAGAUGCUGCAGCAACGGAGGCUGCUGCUAUCUCCACCAGCAGUAGCAGCACAAAUGGCAACAACACGCACAAUAAUGGUUGUGAAUCGCCCAUGAUCCAGCAUCAGCAGCAGCAACAACAAGCGCAGCAGCAGCAGCAGCAGCAUGGCACACUGACUCAGAUAUUACCGUCCGUGUCCACUGGCGGCUCUGAUCGCCUGCCGUCACCCGCAGCACUGCAGCAGGCGCAAGCAGCAGUGGCCGGCGGUGGCGGCGUUGCUGGCCUGCCGCCGGGACCGUUCUACUUCAUGCUGCAGAACGCCCCCGGCACCGUGCCAACCAUCGCACCGCGGCCGUCGUCGUCCGAGGCACUCCCCUCGCCGUCAGUGGUGACCACGGCCGUGCGGCCGGACGGCUCGCCCGUAGCCAUGGUUGCCGCGUCGCCGACCGGCUCUGGCACGCAGAUGAUGGACGUGGAGUCGCCGGGCGGUACGCUGACGCCGAUGAAGCGAGGCCGCUCGUGCAGCCCGCGCGAGAGCAAGCGGCGCGCCGUGCACAACGAAGUGGAGCGGCGGCGGCGAGACAAGAUCAACUUCUGGAUGGACCGGCUGAAGGAGAUCGUGCCGAAUCCUCCCAUGGCCGGCGGCACCAACACCAGCAAGGGCCACAUGCUCGGCAAGUCCGUGACCUACAUCACCGAGCUCAAGGACGAGCUCGCUGCGCUGAAGAAGCGCUACGAGUCCGAGCAUAGCCAGCUGCUGCAGUGCGCAUCUCAGCACACCCUGCUGCGUCAGCAGCUCCUGGAAAGCGGCCUCAAACCGACGUUCAACCUGUUCAGGAUCAGCACGCCGAACAGCGCUGGUGGCAAUGGUGCAGCAGUCUCCUCAGCCGCCGCCACCGCACCCGUUGCCGCCAGUUCUGUGAGUGUCACGAGCAGUGUUGUUGAUGGCAAUAAGCUGCCAGAGGUCAUACCGAUGGUUGCCGCCAGCGCUUCGAACAAUGUCAUGCAGGUUCGCAUCACGGAUGUGGCACAAGACACCCCCAUGCAGCAGCAGCAAACUGUACGUGUCCUGUCUCCCCAGCCGGUGGUAGAACAGCCGAUGCGCAGCGACGAGGCAGGCGCGGGCGCAGUGCACCCGCCACCUCUCAUUCAGCCGUCGUUAUCGCAACUGGCAUCACCACCGCCGCUUACGCCCGUAGUCACAAAGUCUGCUGUAGUGGCGGCAGCGACCGCUGGCAAUGCGGUGCCCAUGUCCGCUGCCAACUCAUCUGCAACACCGCUGAUUGCUGCAUCGGUUGCCUUGAGCUCCGUACUAAGUAACCACGUGUCUGCUGCACCCGAGUCAUAACAGUCGCCGCCGGCUAUGUGUGUGUGUGCCGCAAUCCGCUGUGUUGCUGUCCUGCUAGUUCUUCGGUCGACUGUCUUGUGUGCCCGCUGUUGGAUGUUGAGAGUAAUUGCUGAUGUCCCCUGUUGGAUGUUGAGAGUAAUUGCUGGGCCAGGCUCGCGUGGCUUUGUCUUUUGUAAUGUACGUGUAGAUGGUAGCAGGGUGCUAGAUUGUAGAAAGCCACUGCCAGCAAGAUAAGAAACAGAGCACAGUGUUUACCUGGUGGUGGGUGCUGCUUGACAGAGUUCCGCUCGGCGCACACUGGUUCCAGGCGUAUCCUUAGCCUGCUAGCCGAACCUCUCCGCAUUCGUGGGUGCGUUUGUGCGUAUGUGUUUCCUCCUGCUAUUAUGUGACGCAGCACGUCUCCUGCUCCGUGUGGAUAUAGCUGAUGUUCCGCGCCGUUGUCUAGCUUUGUGUGCUGCGUGCUCCUUGAGACAAUCACCUGUGAGCGGUGAUCGACUAUAGACCUCUAGUAUAUGAUAAUAUAUGAUGCGCCCACUGGCUCGUCGAUGGGCAGCGUAUUCCAGGCCUUUCCCUGUUUUGAUUUGAAAUCUAUGAAAGCAGAAGCAGCUACUGGACACGUGUACAAGAGGCUGCAGUAGCUCUGUUCUUUCUUCGACUUUGAAGUGACAAGUGGCCCGCUGUUGUUGUGGCGGUGGUAGGUUUGGUGUCUACAGGCCCCGCCGCAUGUGCUAAAAUGAAGUAUUGCCGAGUUGUUUUGUUUGAACAUUCCCUUUUCGGCCAGUGCCUCUUCGUUCUUUUUUUGUUCUGGUGUGAUGUAUGCGUGUUCUUUGCUCUUUCCUUGUCGAAGCAGCACUUGUUCUGUUUCGUUUCUCUCUUGGAGGCUUCCUUGCCUUCCAUCUUGCUGCCCUGUUUGCCGCAACCUUUCGUUGGCCUCUUUUUGACGCGGUGAGAUGACUGCAGUCAACGUUCGAUGCGUUGUUUUCACGCUGUGGGUGUUGUGUAGUGCGCGCACGCGUGUCUCUCCAGGUAGUCUGUACACUCACUACCGGCUUGUCUGCGUUUGGUUUCUCGCCUCUUUUUUUUAUAAGAUAUUUCCUCGUGUUUGCCGCGCCGCGUUGUGCGCUUGUCAUUGCUUGUCCUUGAUAGUUCCUUGUGCCAGCUGUGUCCCCAGGCUUGAACUCCUACUGUGUUACCAUAGUUAUGUGAUUUGCUUCUGGUGCUAUGCAAUCACUAGGACUUGAAUGAGGGCGCUGUGCUUUCUUUACGGAAUGAUAUUAACUGUCUGACAUGCGUAUUUAGUAGAUUUCUAUCGAUUUUGUUCUAUUUCGAUCGUCGUCGUGGUCCUGCAACAUCA